AGUAUCAGGCAGUGUUGUGGUUGGGGGGUAUAUAUUGGUAUUUUACUCAAGUAAACUUUCGAGCAGUUUAGUUUUAAAUGAUUUUUUGAUGAGGGAGUUUGUAAUUUGUAAACUAAACUUUCAAAUUUAGUCAGGCAGGCGUAGUCUACAUUACACUGGAUAAAAAAUAUUGCCACUGUUCAAACACUGAGAAAAAUUAGGGCUAGUUCUCCAAGUUAUAUUUUUAACUACUCGAUUCUCAGCUGUUUAGUUUACAUAAAAAGAUAACGAAUAUGGUAGGUAUUAAGUACGACUGCUACAUAGUACAUAAUAUUAUCUAGAUCUCUAGAUCUAGAUUCUGGUUCUAGUUGGCGAAUGUUCUGAGCGAAUCGCUUAGGAGGUUCCCAGCCAUCAAGAAUAAAGUUCCUAGUGUACAGUAAAUGUGUUUACAUGAUCCCAGCAAUGCCAGAUCCUCUUAAAAAAAAACUUUUGCUAAAGAUGGAACCUUCAGAACCACCACCUUCCAGUGACAAAGAAAUGAUAAAAGUUACAUUUGUUCACAAGGAUAUCCCACCUCUACUUGUAAGCACCAACUCAGAUGAACCCGUGACAUGCCAGGCAGUAAUUCUCCAGUGCAUGUACCAUGUUAGUGAUAAAAUUCUAAAACCAAAUGAACAGAUGAAUUUUCCUUUAUAUUUUCCUGUGUUUGGAUUAGUAAAAGCCCCAGAAGAAAACUUGUGGCUUGCUUCGACGCAUACUUUUGAGAAAUCAUCAGAUAAAGAUAGAAUAUACAAGUUUAAAGUGCGGUAUUGGCCUCAACUGAAAAGUGAAUAUUUUAGCAAAAAUGCAAAUAUCAUGAGUGAAUACUUGUUUCUUCAAAUUUUGGAUGACUUUCUACAUGGAAAUUUAGCUGACAACCGUAAGUUUGAGGAUAGAAAACUAUUUCAGCUGUUGACGGUUGCUUUAUUAACACCUAGUCAACUUCCAUAUGACAAUACUGUCAGGGUCAAUCAUAACUUCAGGGGAAGGAGUUUCAAUUUCUUAAACAUUAGCUCAAAGUGUUCCAAGUCUGUUAGUUCUCGUUUAAUUUCAACAUUUCUCAUUGAUCACUACUACAUAACUGUAAGUCUCAAGAAAGGAAUAAAAAAAUGGAAAUCUUCGAACAAUAGCCUUGGUUCUUGGAAGUAUUUCUUUUUAUCCACUGUUUUCGAAAUCACGUCAAGCCUUUGUUUCGAACAAUAUGAGGCAACAGCUUUAAACAAAUAUAACAAAGAAGACAUAGUGACAGUUUGUUUUCAUCUGUUUGAAAAUCAUCAACCUGCUCUUUAUUAUGGAGAGGAGUUACAGUUCCUUUUAUCAGAAAUUCUCAACAUAAAACUUAUUCGCCCUAAAAACCUCAAGUUAAAGUGUUGGGAAAUUUUGAUUGAGUUAAAAAACGAGCCUCCUCGGCGUUUGCGCUUGACAGAGGAGGGAGCAGCAGAGUCUCUUAUCACCCUGAUUCAGGGGUUCUACAACCUCUAUGUUCGUUACGACCAUGUCCUAAUUAGUGAACUACAAACAGCAGAGAGUAAACUUAGCACUGAGUUGCACAGCUUUGGACCUUUAAAAGAAACAACCGCUAGGAAAUAUCUGGAGAAGCCAAAGAGUCCAGGUGAUCACCAUAGCAACAGGUUUCUCAUCCAUGAAAGUCUGAGUCACUUUGGGCAGUAUGUUGUUAUGGUGAAAAAAUACAAAACAACUGAAAAGACCCCAACGUUUGAGAGUUUUAUUAUAGAGAUGAACUGUGAGAAAAGGCUGUAUCUGUCUGACCGUACCACGUCCUUUACUUUUGGAACUUCUAGCGAGCUGAUCAAGCACUUAAGAGAGAAGUUUGGAUUCCAAGAACACCCUAGGCAUCAUACUUCAGUGGCAGAGCUUGACAAAAUCUUUCACGUGGAUUUUAUUCAACCGUACACAAUAGAAGACUCAGACGACCGAAGCAUGGCCAACAGUGAUCCAGGGAUUUACCUGCGUGAAGAUCUAACAGAUAAAACACCUAUACAAGACAAAAACCCACUAGUCAAAAAGUACUCAGUAACCUUAAAGGGACAAAAGAUGAUGCUGGUUGAGCUACAAACAGAAAAUGGAAAGAUUGCUGAGUCAUUUCGAGAAUCAAUUGGUGUAAUCCACAAGCUAAACAAGCUACAUCCUGAAAAAUUCCUCAAAUUCUACGGCUCGGUGUGGGAAAAGAAGCUGUGUGUUCUCAUGGAGUACGCCCCCCAACAUGACCUUUUGACCUACAUAUGCCAGCAGCCUCAGACAGUGGCGCAGAAAGUGGACAUUAUGAGCCAGAUUGUGAAGAUUUUCUCCUUUAUUUUUGCAUCAAACAACAAACUGUUCCAUGGAUGUUUGAGGUUGAGGAGGUUUAUGGUUUUUGGAACUGAAAAUUCUGAUAUUGUGAUCAAACUGGGAGACUCUGGGAUCUCAUCAUACCUCAACAAAAAUCCUCAAAAAUGCAAACAAGACAAUGAUGAAAGACUACCCUGGCUGUCCCCCGAGAGGCGUGGCAACUACAGUGCGAUCACAUACGAGUCUGAGUGUUACUCCAUUGGGACAGUGUUGUGUGAGGUUCUGUACAGGUCGGAUCAGUUCCACGAGAUUUUAAAACUGGGAGGCCCUGAAAAGCUGUUGGAUUACUUCAAUGAACACAGUUACCUCCCCAAGCCACCAAUCCUGACAGAUGUUGAUGAUGUGGAUAACUCUUUAGUGCCCCAAGCUAGAGAAGUUCUGGAGGAAGUGUGGGAUAAUGUCAUCAUGAAGUGCUGGUCCCCUGAGCCCAUUGAUAGACCUACAACAAAUUACCUUCUUCAAACCUUUAAUGGGAUUAAAGAAAAAGCUGGUCAGAUCAAAGGAGACACUCACAUUGAAGAGUUUAAGAAAGUCAUCUAUGACAUAGGUAUCAAAGAUGAAAUAACUAAGCCAGGACAUAAAGAGCCUACCAAGGUAGAACUAGAGGAAAUGUUAAUGAACAAAUCCAACCACAUGUACCUAGUCCCUAAAUGCAUCAAGUGUAACGAAAAGCCUUUUGGCCAGGGCUACUUUGGAGCUGUGUUUGAAGGCAAAGUGCGCACACCAACUAGGAACUUACAACAGGUGGAGAAAGACUACCAGUGGAAGAGGGUGGCCAUUAAAAAAUUUAAAAAAUCAAAGAACUCUAAAGACAACGAAACAAUUUUUGUGAAAGAAGUUUUACUGGCCUGUGACUUGCAGCACCCCAACAUUGUCCAAGUUCUCCAUUUCUCUUAUGAUAAGUCUGAUAAAAGUUAUGAUAACAUAAUGUUGAUUAUGGAGUUUAUGAAUAAAGGAAACCUCAGUCAAUAUGCUAAGGAAAAUCAGGAAAGUGCAAAGCUUCUGAAAAUUUGUUUGGAUGUCACUGAGGGAAUGGUUUAUCUCAGUGGAAAAGAUAUUGUUCAUCGAGAUCUUGCAGCGAGAAAUAUUUUAUUGGAAGAAAAACCAAAUGGGGAAAUUGUGGGAAAAGUUUCAGACUUUGGAUUGGCUCGACGAAUGGAGGACGAUUAUAAAUUUUAUAAGAAUCAUUCAUCCGUAGCACUACCCUUUGCAUGGAUGCCCCCAGAGUGCCUGGAUUCAGACGGCAAGUUCACCAGUAAAGGAGAUGUCUGGUCCUUUGGUACUGUCAUGUGGGAAGCCUUCUCUAGCGGCAAAAACCCUAAAGAGUACUUGCCCAUCACCAGAUCCACUAGUAAUCCAAUGCAAGUGCUGAUGAAAAAAUACACAGACGGCUGGCGCCUGAAACCCAAGCAUCCUGUGCACCCUUCCAUAGUUGAGGUGAUGAAGAGUUGCUGGCAUUUAACUCCCAAGGAACGGCCACCGUUUGUUGAGCUGCGGCAAAAAUUAAAGAGCUUGCAUGAAUCAAAUAUUAGCUGAAAGUUGUUCUGGAACUUGUAUCAAUCUAAUCUUGAUUACCAGGUAUUAAGCUGUACGAAUCAGAAAUUCGUUACCAGGAAUGAAAAAGCUGACAUGAAGAAAACAUUUCUUACCAAGUGUGAAAAAACUUGUGUGAAUGAUAUUCAUUACAAGGUAGAAGAACUUACAGAAAUCCCCAAACUCCUGAGCUGGUAGUAAAACGAUUGACGAAUCAGAAAUUCGUUACCAGGAAUGAAAAAGCUUACAUGAAGAGAACAUUUCUUACCAAGUGUGAAAAACUUUUGUGAAUGAUAUUCAUUACAAGGUAGAAGAACAAAUCCCCAAACUCCUGACCUGGUAGUAAAACGAUUCAUGAAUCAGAAAUUGAUUAGCUACAGCUUGCAUUGCUUGAGUUUGCUUUCUGCUGAAAUUCUGGAGCUGCCGCUAAAUUUUCACAUAACAAAUAAAUAAAAUUAUGAACUGAAACCUAUUUUGGAUACUUAAGCUCAUAAGUUAAUGAAUUAGACGAGCAGGGUCACUGUACCAGAGCAGACUCUUACGUAUUACGUCAUUAAUUUCGCAACAGCUGAGAUUGAGUUUCCUCAAAAACAUGCAGCCAACAUUGGAUGAAGAAAAAAAGCUGCAUGGUAUCAUUAGUUUGGAAUAAACAGAUAAACUCUACUUCAUCUGCCAUGUAGAUCAUCAUAUCAUAUGAAUGAACUUUAGGUUUUACUAAUCAUUGCCAAGUUUUUCAGGAUAAAAUCAGUUUAAGAUUUAGGAGAUCUACUUUAUUAUCUUACUUAAUUUUGAGUAAUAUUUUAGUGUUUUUACACUCAUUUAACACAACACAAAAAAGCUUAUGUUAGGAUUAGAGUUGAUUUAGAAGUUUAUCAACGGUAUAGCAUAACACACCUGUCCAAGGUGCAGAACUAAACUUGAUGGUAUAUUUUGUUGUUGCUUAUACCUUAUUUGUGUUCUACUAAAUAUUUAUUUGUCUAUGCCCUCUAAUACCUUGUGUAAUGUGUACAAAAAUUAUGGGCAGAUGAUUCUAGAAUCUGCUCUAGUAGUCAGUACAUAUAUACACAUUGUUGUUGGCACAAUCACAUACAACUUCUUUAUAAUGUUACGUUAUAAACAUUAAAAUACAUGUUUUAAUGUAUAUAAUUAAUACAACCCCUACAUUCUACAAUAGUGUAAAGUGUUGUUAGCACUGUAUAAGCUACUGCUACAUAAUAUGCAUGCAUUUAGUUUGCUGGUUAUAAUUUAUUUAUUGAUAAAAUAUCGUCACUCUGUCGAAAA